UUUAGCAGGAGACUCGGCACUCUCUCUGGGUCAGUCCCUCUCCUCUGUCUCCCCAGCUGCAUCUUUUCCAAGCGAGCCUCCUUCUCCUCCUUCUCCUCCUUUCCAAUGGGCUCUUUGGUUGCCAAGCUUCUCCUGCCAACUUUGAGCAGCCUGGCUUUCCUCCCGACCAUCAGCAUCGCCGCCAAGAGGCAAUUCCACAUGGAAGCCAUGGUCUAUUUCUUCACCAUGUUCUUCGUUGCGAUUUACCAUGCGUGCGAAGGACCUGGUUUAGCCAUUCUCUGUUUCAUGCAAUACGACCUCCUGGAAUAUUUCAGCAUCUUUGGGACUGCGCUAUCAAUGUGGGUGUCGCUGAUAGCCCUGGCGGAGUUUGACGAGCCAAAGAGAUCCACCUUGGUGAUGUUUGGCGUGCUCACCAUCGCCGUCCGGAUCUACCACGACCGGUGGGGAUACGGCGUCUAUUCUGGACCCAUCGGCACCGCCGUCCUCAUGAUCACCGUCAAAUGGUUGCAAAAGAUGAAGGAGAAGAAAGGACUCUAUCCAGAGAAAAGCGUCUACACUCAACAGAUCGGCCCCGGCUUCUGUUUUGGAGCACUUGCUUUGAUGCUGAGGUUCUUUUUUGAGGAGUGGGAUUAUACCUACGUCCACAGCUUCUACCAUUGCGCCUUGGCCAUGUCUUUCGUCCUUCUCCUGCCCAAGGUGAACAAGAAGGCCGGCAAUGGGGGUGCCCCUGCCAAGCUGGACUGCUCCACACUUUGCUGUUGUGUGUGAAGGCGGGCAGAGGAAGAUACCCAUCCGCUAUCAAGACUUUGGGCAUUUCUUCUCCCCCCAAAAUGGCAUCUAUAAUGACCAAUUUGGCAAGGCCAUCUUGACUUUGGGGUUUGGGUCAGGGUUUUGCUCCCUGUUCUUCAAGGCAAGACUUGGUGGGGUGCCUUUUGUCGGUGCCAAGUGGGCACAACACACCAUUUGCAGGUCAAAAAGGUUCUGGUUUGUUGCAAUGCCAACCGUAUGAUAGGAACGGCCUUUCCCCAAAUCCAGUCCAUUUCCACUUAUGGAAAAGAGAAGCACAGGAUCGUAUGUUUUGGCAAAGGGUAGAUUUACAUGAAGCCCAAAGGAGUGGCUCGACAACGAAUCGGAUAGGAUACGAUAGGAUUAUUAUCAUUACCCUGCUUUACAUUCUUAAAUGAGACCCAAAUACUAAAAAUAGUAGGAGGGAAAGAGUAAAUACUUUUGGGACGGCAAAGGCGUAACCAGGACCAUCUUCACCAAUGAGAGAACAUUAUUAUUAUUAUUAUUAUUAUUAUUAUUAUUAUUAUUGGUAUUAAUAUUAGUAUUAUACUAGCUUGGGGACCUGGUGAUGCCCAGGUUAUUUGAAAAGGGCAUUUGUCAGACUGGUUAUUUGUCAGCUGGUUCAGUGCUUUCUGGAGAAGGGUGAACUACAACUCCCAUACCAAGACAAUCAUCCCCCAACCCACAUCUGUAUGUACAGUUGGCUAUGUUAGGUCUGUGUGCCACGUUUGGUCCAGAUCUGACGUUGGCUGGGUUCAGGGCUCUCUGGAUAAGGGUAAACUACAACUUCCAUAUGUCAAGGACAGUCACUACCAAACCAGGCCUGUAUGUACAGUUGGCCAUGUUAGGUCUGGGUGCCAAGUUUGGUCCGGAUCUCACGUCGGCUGGGUUCAGAGCUCUCUGGAUUAGGUGAACUACAACUCCCAGAUUCAAGAUAUUGAUAUUAGUAUUAGUAUUAUAUCACUACCAAAUCCCAUCUGUUUACACAGAUAGCCAUGUUGGGUCUGUGUGCCAAGUUUGGUCCAGAUCUGACGUUGGCUGGGUUCAGGGCUCUCUGAAUAAGGGUGAACUACAAAUCCCAUAUGCUAAGGACAAUCACCCCCAAACCAGGCCUCUAUGUACAGUUGGCCAUGUUAGGUCUGUGUGCCAAGUUUGGUCCAGAUCUGACGUUGGCUGGGUUCAGAGCUCUCUGGAUUAGGGCGAACUACAACUCCCAGAUCCAAGGUCAAUCACCACCAAAUCCCGUCUGUUUACACAGAUAGCCAUGUUAGGUCUGUGUGCCAAAUUUGAUCCAGAUCCAACGUUGGCCGGGUUCAAGGGUCUCUGGUUAAGGGUGAACUACAAAUCCCAUAUUCCAAGGACAAUCACCCCCAAACCAGACCUGUAUGCACAGUUGGCCAUGUUGGGUCUGCGUGCCAAAUUUGGUCCGGAUCUGACGUUGGCUGGGUUCAGAGCUCUCUGGAUUAGGGCGAACUACAACUCCCAGAUUCAAGGUCAAUCACCAUCAAAUCCCUUCUGUUUACACAGAUAGCCAUGUUG